AAAGAAAUGGAGAGAAAUCCUGACCUGGCCAGAGGUGUUGCAGUGUUUGGAUCUGAUCGAGGAAGGGUAGAGGAGCGGUGGGAGGAAAUUAUGAGGAAAAUUAAUUCUCAUGGUCCUCCUACAAGAACGGCCGUCGAAUGGAAGAAAAUAUGGGCUGACUUGAAAAGCCGGACAAAAAAGAAGAUUGCCGAAAACAAACGAAGCCUUACUGCUACCGGUGUUGGCCCAUUCCGUCACUCUCCGCUUUCCGAAAUGGAGCAGGCCAUAGACAGCCUGGUUUUUAUUUCGAGGUCAGCAGCCCCGAGCGGCAGAGUUUUCGGCAUUCCUUCGACGGCGACCUCUAACAUGUCAAGACAUUCGUCGUUGGAGGAAAUGCCUCCUUUACUUGUGACUGAAUCGCCAACACUUGACCAACGAAGGCAACAGACAACCACCCUUCAAUCUCCUAUAAGGCACAACCAACCACCACCAGUGGGAGUAGUAACUCCCACUACACAGACAACCCGUCCUACACCAACGGACACGUUACGUUCCACUAAUAGGAAGCGCACCUUCCAAGAGACAGUGGCUGAAUCUGCCAAAGUCCAAGCAGAAGCCGCUAAAGUGCAGAUUUAA